GUGGCAUGUGAUUGCCGAGCAAAAAUCGGAUCGGCGCAUGUUAAUGUAUAUGUAUUUGUUGCCGAGUGUGACAAAUUUGACAAGCUGCGUGGAUGGUGUCUUGAUGCAACUGGGUGGGAGUAGAGUCUUCGCCUAAUUAUUAUCGCUAGUAUGCAGUAAGAGAGUAAAAUGAAGCUAUACAGAGAAGAGGAUGACAUGCAGUCUUCCAUGGAAAGAACCGAGACUGACACAUGUCGGAAAGUGAUGAUCUUCCUGGUGAUAGUGCAGAUACUGGUGGCUGUGAUAGUUACCUUCACAUUCCUUGGGAUCGGAGCAAGCAGGCCCGAACCAGACCACUGGGAGAAAUGCACUGACAACUGCAGCAUCGUUUUAGCAGAAAGCAUUCCUGCUAAUUUGACCUUCCCGCCUGGUUCCCCAUCCCAUGUGUCAACAUUUGAUACCUGGAUGAAUCUCAUCAACAUGGCCACUAAGUCCAUUGAUAUUGCUUCUUAUUACUGGACCCUGAACGGGAAAGAUGUCUAUGUGGACCCCACUGACAAACAGGGAGAAGAGAUCUUCAAGGGACUGAUGAAUGCCGGGACCAAACGAGGAAUAGCGAUCAGAAUAGCACAGAACAAGCCAAGUGAAUACCUGCCGAACAAUGACACACAGAGUCUGCAGAAGGCUGGUGCCGCCCAGGUACGCAGCCUGGACUUUGAUGCCCUGAUUGGCAGCGGCAUACUCCACACCAAGAUGUGGGUGGUGGACCGCAAACAUGUCUUUAUCGGAAGCCCUAAUAUGGACUGGCGGGCACUGACUCAGGUGAAGGAGCUAGGUGUUGCAUUCUUCAACUGCAGCUGUGUCGCCAAGGAUGCCGCCAAGCUGUUUGAAGUGUACUGGACACUAGGCAAACCAGGUGCUAGGGUACCAACCCACUGGCCCACCAAUUACAGCACCCCCUACAACAAGAUGGCACCCAUGCAGAUAAAGGCCAAUGGGACCGACACUGAUGUGUAUUUAUCGAGUUCUCCUCCUCAGUUUUGCUCAGAUGGCCGGACGAAUGACAUUGAUGCCAUUCUCGACGUCAUGGACAAUGCGGAGCGCUUCAUUCAUGUUGCAGUCAUGGAGUACUACCCUUUCUUGGCAUUCAGUGACCCUCAAAAAUUUUGGUCAGUCAUAGAUGAUAAGCUUCGUAGUGCUGCAUUUAAUCGUGGUAUAGCAGUACGGCUCCUGGCAAGCUCGUGGAAUCACACCAACCCAGACAUGUUUGGAUUUCUGCAGUCACUGGCCGUCCUCAACAACACCAGCAAAAUGGACAUAGAGGUGAAAAUCUUCAAAGUGCCGUCGACCCCAGCUCAGGCCCAAAUUCCAUAUGCAAGAGUAAACCAUAAUAAGUACAUGGUUACGGACAAGCAGGCCUAUAUAGGUACGUCCAACUGGAGCAAAGAUUACUUCACCGUUACCGGUGGAGUUGGUUCUGUCAUCAACGAUACAUCACUGCCAUUGCCGGGGAAUGUGGGAGAGAAUGAUGGGAAGUCUUUACGGAAGCAACUGGCAGACGUGUUUGAGCGUGACUGGAAUUCACAAUAUGCCUUUUUUCUUGCACAAGAAACCAAAUAGAUGUUGGACUCCUGAAAGCUACUUGUAGGUUAGGACAGCAAGAACUACAGGUAAAAAAGGUUACCAAAAAUCUUUUGAGUACGCACAGAUAGAUAGCAAUAAUGCCACAGGCAUUUCAUGUAAAACAGUUUUUUAAUUCUUUUUUAAUCAAUUUGAGUUGCAGUUAACUCUUAGAAGCAUAGGCAGAUCCAGGGGGAGCUCCUGGGGGUCUGGACCCCCCCUUUCAUAAGAAGACCCUUUUUUUUUAACUUGGGAUCAAGAGCAAACAUAGCAUUCUGUUGAUGUUUUCUGAUGUUUUUGGUUGAGGAACCUGACAUAAAACCGUACAUGCUGGGAUAUUACUAUGGUUUUCGGGAUAUGGAUGAAAUGUUCCAACAGCUCUGGGUGGCUUCCAGUGCCAAAUGGCCACGCAUGUAAUCAGCGAAAGUCAUUAGGCCUAUGUCCCCCCCCCACCGAUUGAAUGCUCUAACCCACUAGACAAAGAGUAAGUCACCUGUAAUUCGGGUUCAGGUGGAGGGCUAUAUGGCAACCUGAAAUUCAUGCUUUUUAAAACAAAAUAGUGCCCUGGGUUGGACCCCCCCUUUUGAAAAAUCCUGGAUCCGCCCCUGUAGAAGUAACAAAGAAUUCUUUGGAAGAAUUUUAGAAAAUAUGUGUUUUGGUCAAUACACUGUGAAGAUCUUUUCUUCAGUUUUUCAUGUUUCGUCAGUACUAGAGCGAUGACUAUCCAACUUUCAGCCAAAGUUUAAAAGACAAGUUUGGGAAGUGAUGGGCUACAUGUGGCGAAUCUCAGCUUGAUUCCCUGCUAUACUGUCGGAACUGUGGAGAUCGUCCGAGCGAUCUAGGGCUUAAGGAACAUGGUUCCGUGUCGGGAGCAAUUUGCCACCGAUUUGUAGCUGACUGUUGAUCUCUUGGAAUUACCGCAACAAUUUGGACGCACUAAAGGUUAAUGGACAGUCUAAUUCUGUGCAGGAACUAACAAUCUAUUUAUUGCUUUCAUCACAUUAUGGCUGUCCACCACUGCCUCUUUUGAUCAAAAUUUGAAGCCGUUUGAAGACAGGACUGGAUUAUGGCUAUCCCUGUCAUGUGCCACCCCAUACAAUUCCAUGUAUUAAGACAAAAUUGAUACACCAGCAGUGCUGGGUGAACAUACGUGUCAGCAUCAUUGUCACUGUUUGAAGAAGUGACAACAAUUAUCCACACUACCAGUCAAAAAAUGGAUGAAUUCCCAGUGUGUUGGAGAAAAAUGGUUACAAUAACAUUUUCCGUGUUCAACGCAAAGGUUUUCAAUUUUAAGGAACUUUCUUAAGACUUUUCUUCCACUGUACAGUUAUUGUGUGUGUAAUCUUUAGGAUAAAAGUAUAUUUUUAUUCACAUUUUCCCUAUGCAACCAUAUCUACACUAUUCAUUGGUGCUAUUGAAUUGAACUGUUUAUCACAAGAUGUCUCUUGUGGACUUCUUUGCUCUUAGAAGUAUCCCAUAUUCCACAAGUUAGAUUAAUGUGUGAUGUGUUGAACUAACAGUGCCUGUACCAUUGCAAGGUAAUGAACUGCCGUGGACUACUUGUAGGAAGAGUACACAUGUAUGGUAUGUAAGCUCCCGUAGGCAUGGCCAAAUUUCAUGUAAAUGAGUACAAACCUGUCGUUGGCAUGGAUGAAGAGAACACAGAGCAGCAAGGGUAUUCAAGCAGCUGCCAUAUUUGUCUGGCUCUUUCCAUUGAUGGGGUAUAUUGUUGUGAUGAGUCAGUAAUCUGGCCACCUUCUGUAAAGCCAAUUUCUCCCCAAGCUAAAUGGACGGCAAGUUCCCGAGCAUCCACAUGCUAACCGUUGGUCAAUUUUGUGUAGUAAGCAGACAGUAUUUUGUAUGUUGUGCACAGCUUACUUGGUAAAACAGACCCGUGGCUAAGGACAUAUCUGGAAUGGGAGAGGGGGGCCCAACAGGGGCCAUGCCUCCCCCAUUAGGCAGCCAAUUUUUUUUUAUCAACUAUUGUAACGAGAGGCUUUUUGUCUAUUUGUUUCAUUUCCCUUAAAAAAAAACCCUGAAUGUAACCUUACCUUUCAGAAAGGCUACAAAAGGCAACAUGAAAAAAGUUUCAAGAAAAUUUGUUUCUGGAUCCUGUCCUUGACGGUGACCAACAAACGGCAACGUGCCUGCUGGACAGUUUGGCAAGUCUCAACACCCAGCUGGUUGAAUAGCCACGUGAUGUGUGCAUACAUCUGCUCACAAGCCUGGUGCCACAGCAGCAAUGACUUCAACUUCUUGCCGCCAAAUCAAGCUGCAUCUAAACACCGAAAUACUGUAUCACGAAACAGCAAAUCUCUCAUUAUAUGUGUCUCUGUAGAAACUCAAAUCUCUUCGUAUGUUUGGUUAAAUGCAGAAUACAAAUGCAUUCAGGCUUAAUGAUAAAUGUUAUGUAAAUUACCAAAAAUGGGUCACUUGGGAGAUAUUCGCAUAGGAACGUGCACAAAAUCUUUUCAAACUUUACCGUCCCA